AUUCAACAUAAUAGAACGUCCCGUCACAACUAUGAUCAUAGUUAAAACGUUCCCAAUCACAAUAUGGUUUCUAGUAAUGUGUUUAUACAUUAUUGUGGUUAACUGUCAGGAGCCGAGCAAGGAAGUCACAGUGACACCUGAAAAAUAUGUAGACGAUGAAAAACCAUAUAUGGAAUUCACUUGCGAAGCACACUUGGAUAAAGGAGACAAAUUAUCUUGGAGCAUCACGAGAAAUAAAACAGAAGAAACAAUAGCACUAUACGAGGAACGUGACGAGAAAGGAAUUAAACGAUUGGACUUACAAAGGCCCCUCAUAUCGGAGGACAACAACACAGAAAUAUCCUGCCUUAAGGAGACUGUGAAUGGAACCAAAACGAAAAGCGAGAAUAUUACUAUCAGUUUCCAAACAGAUACCGGACUUAAUAACUCCCGUGAAUCGAUGUGGAUCUGGCCAAGCAAAACGGUGAUAGUAUACAACGACACGACCCCCGUAGAACUGGCGUGCUGGGCGUGGAUGGACUAUAUAGACUCAUCUCCUGAUUUAGCUGGAAAAAAUAUAAGCGUUGAGGAGUAUGACCGGCUUUAUCCUAAUCCUGAUCCCAAGAACGGUCACGUUUUGUCCUGGUAUCAGAUAUACGGAACAACCAGACCAGAAAGAAUUGCAAUGUUGCCCCAAAUAAACAGCUACAGCUAUGUAAAGCUUAAUUUAUGGAAGAUUUUUAAGCGAAUUGACAAUGGUACUCAAAUCUAUUGCGCGGAUGAAACUAUGAGGGCGAACUUAAGUAGCGAUAAUGGUACUGAGAGCCACAAGAUGUUGCUUUUAUACCAGGAGCCUGUUCGUACAUUAUGUUAUCCGUUAGAUGAAUGCAGAACUUUGUCCAAAUUGGGCUGGAUGGUCGCCGCAGUACUGCUAGUGUUAGCGGUCCUGGCGGUGAUCAGUCUGGCCUUUGCAUCCGGCAUACAUUGGUAUGGCACCAAAUUCUGCGAAACUUCAAACAAAUCGAAGUCAAACUAAUGCUUAACGGGCACGUCCGCAAAUGAUCAUCGUUCUGAAUCUGCACUUCACGUAAAAGUGUCGUCUCGGCAUACUGCAUUAUUUUUGGAAAUCUUCCGGAAGAAGUUGCGGGCUGUAUUUCAAAAUCUUAUCUUAACUCUUUAAUAUAAUAUUAUUAUGUACCUAUGUCCUAUGUACUUGUGCUAGUAUGAACCUCAAGAAAUAUAUAAAUUAUGUUA